GUCUCCUGUCCCCGACAGCCCAGCUACAGGGGGCCGGGCUAUGGGUUAGUCUCGCCCCCGUUCAUGCUCUUCACCCAAUACCUGAGAGAAUCGGAAGGAGGCAGAGCUACAGCGAGGACCAAACCCCGCCCUUCGCUCCCUCUUAGCUAAUCGUUGCCAGCGGGGUGUGGACUUCGCCGCUGACCCCACCUCCGCCGCUCUGGGUAAUUUAGAGCCGCGCGCCGGGCGGGAAUGUAAGAUGGCGGAGUAGCAACGCAAAGCGCUUGGUAUUGAGUCUGUGGCCGACUUCGGUUCCGGUCUCUGCAGCAGCCGUGAUCGCUUAGUGGAGUGCUUAGGGUAGUUGGCCAGGAUGCCGAAUAUCAAAAUCUUCAGCGGCAGCUCCCACCAGGACUUAUCUCAGAAAAUUGCUGACCGCCUGGGCCUGGAGCUAGGCAAGGUGGUGACUAAGAAAUUCAGCAACCAGGAGACCUGUGUGGAAAUUGGUGAAAGUGUACGUGGAGAGGAUGUCUACAUUGUUCAGAGUGGUUGUGGCGAAAUCAAUGACAAUUUAAUGGAGCUUUUGAUCAUGAUUAAUGCCUGCAAGAUUGCUUCAGCCAGCCGGGUUACUGCAGUCAUCCCAUGCUUCCCUUAUGCCCGGCAGGAUAAGAAAGAUAAGAGCCGGGCGCCAAUCUCAGCCAAGCUUGUUGCAAAUAUGCUAUCUGUAGCAGGUGCAGAUCAUAUUAUCACCAUGGACCUACAUGCUUCUCAAAUUCAGGGCUUUUUUGAUAUCCCAGUAGACAAUUUGUAUGCAGAGCCGGCUGUCCUAAAGUGGAUAAGGGAGAAUAUCUCUGAGUGGAGGAACUGCACUAUUGUCUCACCUGAUGCUGGUGGAGCUAAGAGAGUGACCUCCAUUGCAGACAGGCUGAAUGUGGACUUUGCCUUGAUUCACAAAGAACGGAAGAAGGCCAAUGAAGUGGACCGCAUGGUGCUUGUGGGAGAUGUGAAGGAUCGGGUGGCCAUCCUUGUGGAUGACAUGGCUGACACUUGUGGCACAAUCUGCCAUGCAGCUGACAAACUUCUCUCAGCUGGCGCCACCAGAGUUUAUGCCAUCUUGACUCAUGGAAUCUUCUCCGGUCCUGCUAUUUCUCGCAUCAACAACGCAUGCUUUGAGGCAGUAGUAGUCACCAAUACCAUACCUCAGGAGGACAAGAUGAAGCAUUGCUCCAAAAUACAGGUGAUUGACAUCUCUAUGAUCCUUGCAGAAGCCAUCAGGAGAACUCACAAUGGAGAAUCCGUUUCUUACCUAUUCAGCCAUGUCCCUUUAUAAUAGAGUAACUUCUGAGGCUUUUUGAGAAUAAAAUCCACCCCACCCUUGUUUCCCCUUGGUAUUUGAUGACAAAUUCAGCAGAAGACCCGGCUUGCUCCAGUGUAGCUUUCUACAUCCCACAUCAGGUAUAUUAGAGCUUAUCCGAACUGGGGAAAGACGGAUUGAGAUUAACUGCUGGGACCUCCUACCUGCAUUAUCUCAUUCUGGCUUCCUUGAUAAUUCUGUGGGCCUUGCAGCUUUAACUAUAGCUCAGCUGCUGCAAGAUUUCAGACUUUCGAGGAUGUUGUGUGAGGGUGUUUGACUGUGAUUGGGGAAGCUCAGACUACUUUGUAUGUGAAUGCUUCAGGGUUUUCUUUGUUGAGAACAACUAGCAACAAAGGCAACCCAUGUGUGACCAGUUCUCCCCAAGGUCUAUGCUAAAUUAUAGCAAGAGCCCUGGGCAACCCCAAACCUAGUCCUGGUAGCUGAGCACCCUGUAAGGCAGGAGCAGGCAGCUCAGCUUGAGCAGACAUUGGGUGGGGGGUGGGGGGUGGUUGAGGGGGGAGGCAGCACAGUGCAGCAAAUGUUUCUUGGGAGGAAGAAGCCUGAUCCAUCACCAUCUGCUUGACUAUGUAGCUUGGAUUCUCCUUUGUACCUAUCCCUUUCGAUUUGGCUUUACCUUCAUCUAUCUUGAUCCUUUCCUGGCCAAAUAUCCUCUUGGGCCCAAAUGAACAUUGUACCGUAGUCUUCUGGAAAGCAAACAUGCUUCCUGCUAUGUAAUUGCUAACAUUCACAUUAGAUGAUGUGCUGUAGCUUGAUCUUCCUUAGCCUACUGCCACUGAGGCAGUAGGUUUUAGGUGGUAUCGUAGUGCCUUUUGAUUAAUUUAAGUAUUUAAUUUUCAUCUUCCUUCUUUGGAUCUAUUUGGCCUCUCAAAUGAACUGAGAUUCCUGUUAAAAAAGAUUGAUGUUAUUGUCUCUUGUAGAGGAAACUAAUAAAGUGUGUGUACCUGUGUGA